CUUAUCGCGCCUAUUCACUCCAAUUCAAAUCAACGCGCACGCUCAUCACAUCAAUUUCCCUCCCUCUCUCUCCCUAAUUUGCUUCCUUCUGUCCAAACAAGAACCCUAAAAAGAACCCUAAUUUUGUUUAGCACCAAACCCCAAGCGCCCACCAUCGCAAUUCGCGGCUGAUUUGAUUUCACUGCUCGGGUGUCCGCAAUCGCACCCCUUUCUCGUCCCUAUCUCUGUAGAUUUGUCGAUUUGAAUUACGACUUGGAGUUUUAUUUCGAGGUUUAAGAAUUCCAAAUCUUGGGUUGGGACAUUUUUAACUUUUCCUUUUUACUAAUUAUUUUACUUUAAUUCCUAGAGUACAGUGAAACUAAGCUUGAUCAAAAUCAUGACUGUUGGUGUUUGUAUAUUCUUAUUGAAGGCCGACGCUUUUUCUUCAGAGGAAUUUCUUUAGGUUUAUUGGUUAAAGCUGCUAAUUUGAGUAUAUAGGUUUUUUUUAGGGGAGAUUUGUCCCAAGAUCGAAGACCAUAGUUUCGAUUAUUGGGGUUUUCACUUUUCAUAUUGAUUUAUGGACAAUGAAAGCAGGAGUCAGAGUCAAUCUCCAACCAAGCCCAGAUCUGAAUCAAAGAUUGCUGCAGGACAGAAAAGAACUGUUUCACAAGCAGAGGAAACAUCUGAAAGUUCUCAAAGAAGAGUGAAAUCGAGGGUUGUCGAAAAUUACCAAUCCAAGAAAGUUCAAGACGGAACUGGAGGAAGUAAUGCAACAAAUCCAAAUGUCAAUUCUGGCUCCGGAUUUCUUGAUCUUAUCGUCAGUGCGAGUCGUAUAUGUAGCAAUGCUGCAGAAAAAUCGUGCAAAGCCCCUCCAAAGGAAACAAAGAAAAGGGAGUUUGAUUUCGAUCUAAAUGCUGACGAUAAAUCGAGUCCGAUGAGCAAACUUCUUUCUCUAAAGCAUGAGUAUCCGAAGGCUAGGGAUGAUUCAGAUUGUGCAAGUUCUGUUGGUCCCCUGGAAAAAAAUUCGAUGAAAGUUUGGCAAGGUCUGAAACAAAACAAUUAUCUAUCUAAUUCGUAUGCUGCAGCUUCGAAUGCAAUACCAAAACCUCGUGGGAAAAAGAAAGUUAUCAAUGAUGAAGCAAAGAGGAUAGAACUUGCGAAGAAAGAACAGACUGACCGAUUUGCAAAAGUUGCUGCACCGAGUGGUUUACUUAACGAGUUAAAUCCCGGAAUUAUUAACCAUGUGAGGAACAGCAAGCAGGUUCAUGCCAUCAUAGAAUCCCUGGUGAAAUCUGAGAGAACCAAAAGUCAACAUUCGGGAAGCAAGAACAACAGACAGGCUGAAAGAGAGGACUCAACAGGUAUUCGUAUUUCCAGAAUGAAUCAUGGAAGUGUUUUAUCGGAAAGACGGCAGAUAACCCCCCCUAAGCCACUGGACGAACAGAAGAAUUUGAAACCUGAUUUUUCUCGAGGAUCUGAUGAUUUUUAUAUGGGAGGGAUAAAAAUUAUUGGGAAAUUGCCGUCUCAGCCUGCAAAUAAAGAUGACAGGCUGUCACUGAAGCUACGAUCAGAGAACACUGGCUGUUUGUCGAAUGAGGGAUUUUUGAAUGUCGACUCUCUAUCUGUUGAAGCUGCUAAUGUUGCUUUGCAAUGGUUGCAACUUCUGAAUAAUGAUAUCAAAGGUCGCCUUGCAGUGUUACGACGCAGCAAAAGGAGAGUCGAGAAUGUCAUCACUAAAGAGCUACCUUUAUUAGUUAUCAAAGAAUUUUCAUCUAAUCCCGAGAAGCAUUUGUGUACAGCUGAAGGCUCACAUGCUUCUAGAUGGAAUGCUCGAUUCAGGCAGAUGGUUUCAUCACUUUCUGAAGAAGAAACCAAUCUCGAGAGCUGGCUACAACAGGUGAAUCAAAUGCAGCUGCACUGCGAAAAGGCCGUGAUUCCAACCGAAAACAUAUUGAAAGAAGCUCAUAAGAUCUCAGAUGGAGGAUUAGCAGUGACGGCGUCGGCUGCGGCGAUAUACUCAACUUGCAAUUUUUUGAUGGCAAUGCACAACCAGCCAUCAUGCUGAUAAGCUUUUCUUCUUGCUCUCUCUCUCUC